ACAGGUUACCUGGAGAAGCUGUGGAUGCCCCAUCCCUGAAGUGUUGGAGGCCAAGUUGGAUGAGGCUCUGAGCAGCUUGGAAUAGUGGAAGGUGUCCCUGCCCAUGGCAGGGGGGCAGGACCAGUCAGCCUUUAAAGGUCCCUCCCAACCCAACCUGUUCCACGAUUCUAAGCUGGAAAGAGCUUCUGUACCUUCCCUUACUUCAUUCAGCUGCUCAGAGCAGGGCCAGCUUCAAAUAUUUACCUUACACCCAGUCAGAAUUUCCUGUGGGGCAACUUGUCAUCCCUGUCUCCUGUCACUUUGGGCUCUGAGAAGAGUCUGGCUCCAUCUCUAAUACCUCUGCCCUGCCAUUGUCUCUGCUGUAAAAAUGAAGGUGCAGCACAGGAGAAGACCUUUCUCAGACCCUCUGGUGACUUGCUUCCAUCACAGCAAGCAUUGCUGUUCCCUCCUACCCUUGGUUUCUUUUCCUAACCAGGUAUUUUUCUCUCAGCCUUUUCUCUUGUCCCAUGACAUUUUAAUAGUCUUUAAUGAUUUUAAGAGCUUUAAAAUUCCAAGACAGGAUUUUCUCUAUGGAGCCUCAUUCCCUCUUUCCCAAUUCAUCAUCUCAUGCUCUGACUACUUACUAAUUCUCUUCUUCCUAAUACUUUGUUCUAAUCUGUCUGGUACAGAGCUGUGUUUUACUGUGCUGCAUCUCCCAGCACCCACCCUUUUACAGACAGAUAAAACUGUCACCCCUUUCUGGUUUUCUUCUUAAAUGACAACUUACACAGCAUAGGCUUGGUCACGUUAUAUUUAAGCUUCUUUAGAUCUCACAAAUAAAUCCCAGUGGGUUCUAAGGUUUAUUCACUCUCUCAAAUUGUUCUAAAAUCUCCCCUGUUGACAUUUUAAUUAGAUAUCAUCUCUCAGACCCAUCCCAAGAGAAGGUCUCAUGUGAGCUCCUCUGUGGCAACUGCUGAUAAUGAUGAUUAAUUUGGUUUUUCCAACUGGCCCUAUUUUCCACUGAGAUGUUUGGCACUGAUCAUGUUUCAUCCCCACUGAUCAUCUGGCAGCUCUCUGCUUCUGAUGUUUUUGAUGAAGUUUUUUGUUUUUAUUUGCUUUUAUGUCUUUAGCAAAUUGUUCUCUUUUUCCUUUUUUUUUUUCCUACUUUAUGUGGAUUCUAUAUUUCAUUUAUUAGAGUUCAGGCUUUUAUCAUUUUUCUUGUUUUGACAUAUAAGUUCUUUUUAAAGGCUGUCUUUUUGAUUUCUAACAGCUUUUUCCCAGAACAGCAAGGGUUGUGCAGUGUCUGAUCUCUGCAAAGUGAACUAAAACUUUCCAAUUUGAGAGAGGUUCUUUGCUAGUGACUUAUGUAGCCAACAUAAUUAAGAACUGUCAGGCAAUUCUUAAUUAAAAGUUCAAGUCUGUGUCAUUUUGUCCGGAAUUGGUGUAGAGCUGAGCUGUCUGUGAUUAUUUCACUCAUCAUGUCUUGCACUGUUCUCUGUUCUGCUCUCUGGCAUCUUGAGUCUUCCAAGAUUUGGUAAAACUGAACAUAAGGCUGAAGAUCUCUUUAAUCUUAUGCCCAAGUUCCCAGGACUUCCUGAUUUUCAGCAUUUAUCCCUCUGGAGCACAGAAGGAUGAUCACAAGUGAUCAGAUUACCCCAGGCUGAGGCUUUUCUGUGCCUCUGCUUGUGGCAGCAGAAGAGAGCUCCAGGCACAGGCUUUCUCCUCAGAUGGAAUCUCAGUUUGCCCAACUCCCUCACCUGGAAGCUGAGAGCAGGUAAUGUUAUCUCCUACCUCAUCAAAUUUCAUCUGCUGCCACUGAAGUGAACUUUGAAAGAGGUUUCAGCAGGACAGGCUUUCAGAUCCCAACUCUGCUUCCAAGUUCACAAAAUAAGCAAAGCAGUGUUCUCAUCCCAGACCCAGUGGAUUCUGUAUUUCUCCCGGUUAUGCACCAUAAGCUGAAUUUGGAGCUGUGCUAGCAGUCUUGAGAAUGGAAAAGACAAUCAGUGAGAAAUGUGCUUGUGUAAAACUCUGAAAAAAUUAGGUUGUACAUAAUUAACUGAAGACUCUAAAGACAGUGUUAAUUAAUGCAUAGAAUUCUCCAUAGGUGCAGCAUCCAGGCAGCUCCAUUCAGUGGCAAGAUGGGCCAUGCCUGGAAAUCUGAGUUGGAAUCUCCCAUCAAGUCAGAGAACAGUGAUUUCCAGUCUCUUCCUGACUUGGAUUCAAGCUUGGAGCUGGAUGUGAUGAGCUGGAGAAAUACUGAAGAGGAGGCCAUGGGGAAGCUAGAGGGGAGCAGCCAGGAGGCAGACCGUGAGAUGGAGCUGAGUGAGCCUCUCUGGAAGGAUGACAGUGAAGAUUACCACGAGGCAGAGAAGCCAUGUGAAAACGACAGUCCUCUCCAGUUCCUCUUGGAGGUAACCCAGAUGUUGGAAUCUUUCUGCAUUGGCAGCACAGAGUCAUCACAGACUCUGUGGGAUUAUUGUGGCUCGGGGAAGCAGAGUGAUGGGGAGGAAGUGAGGAGCCAGGAAAAGACCACAGGAACAGCAGUCUCAGGAGCAGAGGAAAGUCAACUGCACAUCCUGGCAGAAGAUGAGGAAGAAAACUUCCUGGGAAGAGAGGAAGAGAAUGAAGACACACCUGGAGAACCCCCUUCAGAUGAGCUGCAUUCACCUGAGAUGAGUGCUCAGGCCCUGGAUCAAGAUGACAGUGACAGCACCUCUGCAGCCUCAGUGCUGGACUCCACAGGCUCUCCCAACAUGCACCUGCUGCAGCCAAGCUGGAAUAACCCCCUCCAGCACCUGAUCCUCAAAAAAAAGCUCCUGUCCAUCUGGAGGAUGAUAGCCAGCCACAGGUUCAGCAGCCCGUUCCUGAAGCCAGUGUCAGAGAAACAAGCCCCUGGAUACAGGGAUGUGGUAAAGAGACCCAUGGAUUUAAGCAGCAUAAAGAGGAGGCUGUCAAAGGGACACAUUCAGUCCGUGAUGCAGUUCCAGUGUGACCUGAUGCUCAUGUUCCAGAACGCUGUGAUGUACAACAGCUCCGACCACCACGUGUUCCACGUGGCUGUGGAGAUGCAGCGAGAGGUCUUGGAGCAGCUGCAGGUCUUGGCUGAAGCUCUCCUGUUGUCCAGGGACAGGCUGGAGUGAGGCAGAAGGUAACCAGCCCUGCCUGAGGCCUCUCUCAGUUGGAGCAGCGUUGUCUCCGUGGGUCAGGGCAUCUCCUGGGCUCGGGGGAUGUGCUGCCGUGGCCUCGGGUAGAUCUCAUUAUCCCCAGUGCUGGCUGCUGGGUUGAUGGGUUGAUUCAGAGCAGUUUUUGGGAGGCUACCACGUUGGAAGCCUCCAUUCUUUUUGGGAAAAGCAGCGAUGUAGCCCUGCAGGGAGAAAAGUUCCCUGGGAUGAAAAGCAAGGGAGAGAAUGCCGUGUGUGGCCAGGUGGCUGCACACCGGGCACGGCAGCGUUCCCGCGUUGAGGUUCUUGUGCUCUUGUGUUGGGCCGGGUGGGUCCAACGUUACCGGCACUGACACACCCAAUA